AUGAUGCCAGUAGUGUCUCAUCCGAGAACAAGCAACUACAGCAGAGGGAACGGGCAAAAUCGUUACGAAAGCAGUAACAGAUUCAACAGUUUUCCCCGCCGCGGUGACAACGGUCGCGGUGGAUACGAUAGCAGCCGCGGUGGGUAUGAUAGCAGUCGCGGUGGGUACGAUAGCAGCCGCGGUGGGUAUGAUAGCAGUCGCGGUGGGUACGAUAGCAGCCGCGGUGGAUACGAUAGCAGUCGCGGUGGAUACGAUAGCAGCCGCGGUGGAUACGAUAGCAGCCGCGGUGGAUACGAUAGCAGCCGCGGUGGAUACGAUAGCGGCCGCGGCGGAUACGAUAGUGGUCGCGGCGGAUACGAUAAUAGUCGCGGAUAUAAUGGAUAUAACGGAUAUAGUGGAUUUGGCAGUGGUCGCGGAAGAAGCCAGCGACUAGACCUAAGAGUUAGCAACUUGCAGCCCAACGCCAGUUUGGCCGAACUGAGAGAAUUUUUCUCCGGUUACGGCCAUUUGGACAAAAUCACUAUGGACACGAGGGAAUUAGGCACUGUCUUCACUGGGACAGUAUACCUUAUUUACAGGCCCCCCCCAGAAACGGAGUUUUGGAGACAGAAUCCAAGAUUCCAUGGCAAGCAAUUGCGGAUAGAGGUUACAUCGCCCCGCAGGCCUGAAAACGACCAGUCAAACUUCUCAAAAGAACGCAGAAGUCAAGAUUUCCUAUUGGCCAAGUCUUUGGAAAUGGGUGUAUUCCUUCAAGAGGACACCUUUGUUAGAGAGUGGAAAACAGACAAUAACGUAAAGUUUAAGCUGAAUUACACAAGACGCAGCUUUGAAAUUGAAUUUGGUUUCACUAAAGGGAACGGAGGCAAGACGUAUAGAUUCCGACUGGAAACUUAUUUCAAAGACGUCGAGG